AAACUCUGAGUUGAGGAAAAACUCGUGGAACGAGUACUGAUCUCGGGUAUGUUUUUUUCCUGCUGCUGCUGCUGACCCACCGGAAAAACUAGCCGUUGCUGCCCCGCUCGGUUAUUAGAGGAGUCGUCCUGCUUCGGGGUCGCGUCGACGAACCCUAGCGAGUCACGCUCGCGUCCUUUCUUCUCGUAUUCCUCUCCUUCCUUCGGAGAUGGCGGCGACUCCGUCGAAGAAGCUGCAGCGCUCCCGAUCUCAUGUGUUGGAGGCACCUAUGGGCUCGGAGAAUUCCGAUCCCAAUAUUCCCUCCCCGUCUCCUCUUUCUUCGCAGAAAUUGGAGAGGUCUCCAGCGGUUGGAUCGGACGAGUCGAAGGGUUCAGGGAGUAAGACCCGCGGUCGGGAUCCACCGCCCGCUCCGGGACGAGCGAGGAAGUUCAUCGUCGCGAAGAAGAGCUCCAGGAGGGCGGGGAACGGGAUUGACUUCGAGAAGUGCCGAAAAGAAGCUUACGAGACCCUCCGAGCGUCGCAGGAGGAGUUUUUUAGGAUAGGCCGAUCUUCGGGAGUGGCCGGUAUCGUGAAUCCUGGAGACGUUGAAGCUGGCGUGUCCGUUGAUCGAAGCAAUAAGGAGGGAGUGAACGGGACGAGAGAGGUCUUGGAUUCGGGGACUGAAGAUACUGAAGACUGUUCAGAGGCGAGGAAGCUGAGGGAUUUGGUGAAGGAGGAGGCACCUGAGCCUGGAUCUGGUCGCGUUAGGCAUCUGGUAAAGGCAUUUGAGAACUUCCUUUCCAUUUCAAAGGAUGAUGCUGUUGAAAAGUCAGAAGACAGAGAUCCGAACGUGAUGAAUUGGACAUUGCCAGGCUUACAGCAAUCGUGCAAGACUGAGGCAGCGAAAACUUCAUUUGCAUAUGUUUUUUCUUCAUCAGAGUUUAUACCUUCUAUAAAACCUACUAGGGAGUCGCAGUUGAAGUCUUCAGUGGAUGAAAAUGUUGAAAGGCUGAGCUUGGGGAGAAGGACAUCUGGUGAAGGAAGGAACAAACGUAUUGUAAGAAAAUCUUGUAUUCUACAAAGCUCUGAUUGUCUUAGGAGGAGCUGGGAUAAGAUGCUUAAAAUGACAAGCCAACAUCCAUUCAAGCUCAGGACCGAGCAAAGAGGAAGGAUUAAAGAAGAACAAUUUAUCAAGAAAGUGAAAGAAAUGCUGGUUGAGGAGGAGAAGCAACGUAUACCUAUUGCCCAAGGCCUUCCAUGGACCAUAGAUGAACCAGAGAUCUUGUUGAAGCCCCCCAUUAAAGAAAGCACUGAACCUCUAGACCUUGUUUUGCAUAGUGAUGUGCGUGCAGUUCAAAGGGCUGGGUUUGAUAAAUUUGUAGCUGAGCGGCUGAGCUUUGCCGAACAACUAAGAUUAGAAAGGGAGAUGCAACAGAAGUUUGAAGAAGAAGAAGAAAUACGGAGGCUCAAAAGAGAGCUUGUGCCUAAAGCUCAACUGAUGCCAUACUUUGAUCGACCCUUUGUUCCUAAAAGGUCGGAAAAGCCUUGCACAAUCCCAAAGGAACCAAGAUUUCGCAUCUGCCCAAGAAAAUCUUCAUGUGCUUCAAGGUUCAAAUAACUAGCCAAGUCAGUAUCGUCUGUUCAUCCUUUUGCUUUAAUAGACUGAGGUUGCAGCCAAAUGAGAAUUGCUCGACUUUGUCAUGAUUUGAACCGCAACUCCACAUGACAUUGUACAUACAGGAAUUCAGUACAUUUUUGUCCCAAUAAGAUCUUUUUCCCCAACUCGCGCAUGGAGUGCUAGUGUUGUAACUUGUCUCCAAAAGCUAGUGUUGUAACUUGUAAAGCAUUAACAUUUUGUCUUUGAAACAUGUAGUACCAAGGAAAUUGAGUAAGUUGGGGAUUUGUUCAUGUAUAGUUUCUGUGAUCUACCAUCUGCACUAUAAGAGUUUGUUUCUUUUGGCUUCAGAAUGUACUCAAUUGUGCAAUGUUUUGGAGAACAUAAUUUUGUUUGUUUUGGAAAACAUGAUACGCUAAACUAGCUUUAUAUGGUUA